AUGGAUAGUGUUAGAAAAUUUUUAAAUCUUGUUGGUUCAAAUUAUGCUUCCUUGUUUUUAUUUGGAGCUUCUUCUGGUGCAGCAUUUGAAUUAUUUAAAAUAAAAUUUACCUUUAUGGGUUUUAAUUAUUACACUUCUUUUACUAGACUACAAGUACCAAAAGAAUUAAAUGCUUUUGAAGCACAGUUAAAAGAAAAAGAUGAUAUAUUAAUGAAGAAGUAUGAACCAGAUUUUCUUAAGAAUGAUUCUGAGAAAAAUUAG